AUGUAUUCUGUUUCUGGCUUUGACGUGGCUCGCUGUGCUCAGAACUUCAAGCUUGCGGACUCUUCUUUGAUGAUCCGGUUUGACGAUUCCACCGAGUUUGACGUGUUAUCUGAUCCGGUCUCGCCAAUACAUGCAGAGGGAUUCCGGUUCCGUAACCAAACAGAGUUGGUUGGUUUAGCCAAUACAAACACUCAGCUUCCAGAUAUUAUUGGUGAGAUCGUGGCGGUCAAGAGCACCGUGUCUGACCCUCCGGAGGACAAAAAUCGUGUCAUGGUCACCGUCAAACUAGAAAAUGAUGUGUCUGUCACUCUUAGUCUGUUCGAUGCUCAAGCCGUUUCAUUUCACCAGAAGCUUGGAGGCAUGCGUAGUGAUCCUAAAGUGAUUGUUGCCACAAGCAUAAACCCGAAGAUGGUUGGAGAACGUUUAUUCCUCAACGCGACGUCAGGAACGCAUGUUUAUUAUGAUAAGGAGACACAUGCAGGGGAGCCUUUAUUUCACCGAUUGGUGGCUAGAGACACUGGUCUCCCGUCCGCCGCAGCUCUCUUGAAGUCUUAUGCGAAGGUUGAGCCUGUGACAAUUGCUGAGCUUACCAAUUUUAUCACUACAGAUCCGCCCCAGCAUGAAAUAGAUUUCUUAAUCACUGAGAGAGUUUCUCGAGUUGAAGCGGACAAGGGGUGGUGCUAUGUUGCGUGUUCUAAGUGCAGCAAGAAGUUGCAGCGCACUGUCACUUCUUUCGAAUGUGCGCGUUGCAAUAAUCUUCAUGCGGUCGGAUCUCUGCGUUAUCGCGUUGAGAUGGUUGUAACUGAUGAUACUGCGGAAGGGACAUUUGUUUGCUUUGAUGGUGUUAUGACUAAGUUCCACAAUCUCAGGGCAAGUGAGGCGGUUCAGUUACUGGCUGAAGAAGGAGUGAACCCUGAGGAUUCCGUGAUGCCUCCGUUCGUUGCAGGAAUGGAAGGCAAGACCUACACUUUCCAGGUCCGUGUCACAUCCUACAACUUCACCGUCAAUCACCAGACGUUCACCGUGUCACGUAUUAUCAAUGAGGUUGAGCGUGCACCAGCUCCAGACUUUGUCGAUGAUGGGGGUGAUGACAAUGAGGAUGAUGAUGCGCCAAACGGGACGAUCAACCGUGAGAAGUCUGGUUCCGGCAAGGGCAGUUGUGAGUCAUCAAAGAGUGCUGGAAAGAAGCCUGUCGGUAAUGUGCGUAAGAGGGCGCGUAUUGCUUGA